CUUCUGCUUCUCCAAAGUGAAAGUGAAAUCAAAAGCAUGGUGCUUCUGGCAGCCUGGGGCAGGGCCUGGUUCCAGCUAGGCUUUCCGAGCAUUUUGGCCUGCAGAAGACCCCUCCUUAGGGGCAGUAUGAUCCUGGGGCUAAUCCUGUCCUGCUGCAUGCUGGCUGUGCUGGCAGGGACAGUGGAAGGCCCCACACCAGUGCCUGAGAUCCGCAGGGUGGAUGUUGUCCUUGGCUGCUCCUACGUGGAGGAAGGAGGAUUGCCAAGAGCCUUUGGUGGCUCCCAGCAUCCAGCUACCCUGGUGCUGAGGGGACUCAGCGUCACAGAUGAUGGCACCCUGGGAGAUGUAACCGACUAUGAGAUCCCACAGGAAGACCACAGCUCCUCUGCUCCCAUCAUCUUUGAAGCCUCAGCACAGCUAGUGUCCAUCCCGUACGCAGAUGCCCUGCUGCAUGUGGAUUGCAGUGGGGAGGAGGUGAGCUGUGAGCUUUCCCCAUAUAAUUUUCAGCAAGAGGGCAAUGGUCUCUGCCCUGCCUCCUGGUUCCUAGCCACCAUUCGGCUCUCCAGCGGGAUCAGCAUUGCCCUGCUGCUCAGAGGAUCCAGCUGCAGCAGCCAGAAGGAUUGGGGACACGAUGUGACACUGCAUCCAAAGCUGAAGAUUCCAAUGAGCAAGGAGGGGACUCUGCUGACUACAGUGGAAUUUCAAUCAUCAUCAAACAACACUUCCCUGCGCACACGUCUUGGCAGCUCCAUCACCCUUGACUGCCACUUUGCCUUGGCUCCCGGCUUCCUACUGUCCUCCCUGGAGUGGAGGAGGCAGCACCGAGGCAGCGGUCGCAGCCUUUUCCAAUAUGAUGUGGGGAAUGCAGGCCCGACAGUGCAGCCAAAAUUCCACGUAGAUGUGGAGCAGCUGCUGAGGAAUGGGGAUGCAUCGCUUACCUUUCAGGAAGCAACUGUGGAUGAUGAGGGGAUGUACAUCUGCUUGGUGUCCACAGCACAGCACCAAGUCCAACACAAUAUCCAGUUGCUGGUGGCUGAGCCCCCAAGAGUUCGUGUGUUCCCAACAGAGGUGUCAUUCAAGAGAGACGAAACCAUUACUCUGACCUGCAACAUUGCUGGCUAUUACCCCAAGGACAUCUCGGUGAGCUGGACACAGAAGUGUCCUGAGGAUGCGGUAGAAAUCAGUCUCUCAAACACACGCUUCUCCAGUCACCGGCAAAGCCAAGAUGGCACCUACAGCAUCGCCUCCUACCUCAGCGUCACAUCAGCCACAGCACAGGCUCCAGCCACAUACACCUGCCAUGUUUCACAUGUGGCUCUGGAGGCACCUAUCUCCAUCAGCACCCAUCUGAAGGCACCAGAACACACAGAAUUGGAAGGAUUGGUAGGAGGGGCCAUUGCCACUGCCAUUUUCAUUUCUGUCCUCUUCAUUAUGUUCAGAAGGAAAAGAGCAGCUGAACCAAAGCCAGAGCAACUUCUAACAGUUUCAGAGUAGGAGAACUCUCAUGUCAGCCACCUGCCCUCCACUGUCUCUCUUCUUUUAGAAUCAUAGAAUCAUACAAUACCCUGAGUUGGAAGGGACCCAUAAGGAUCGUUGAGUGCAGCUCCUGGCUCCACACCAGGAACAUCCAAAAAAUCAAACCAUAUGACAGAGCACUGUCAAGAUGCUUCUUGAAUUCUGGAAGCUUGGGGCUGUGCCCAGUGCCCUGGGAGCCUGUUCCACAUCCUUCUCAGGAGAGUCAGUCUUGUCCAAGUACUGACAGAGAUAACGGUACAGAAGGGGAAGGGCUUACCCAGCUGGAGGAUCUGAGCAACCAUUCAAGAACGGAGUAUGAGAAGAGAAACAGAAAAGUGUGCUUUCACCUCAGAACAACAUGGACAGCCUCAGCUCUGCUGGGAUGCUGCAUAUAGAUGAGUGUUAAUAUUACUGUACAUGUGUGAGUCUGUAUAAAUAGGUGUACAUGUAACUGUAAAUAGUUAUGCAAUGAAUUAACAUACAUUGUAUAUAGAUACAUAGCUGUAGAUGUAUAUAGCUGUAUUUUCUUAAUGUUUUAAGGUAUGAAGGAAUAUACUUAUGUACGUGUGUGUGCAUGUGUUUUAACUGUAGAGCCAGGCAAAUGUGUAGGCAAAAUUGGUUAAUCUUCAAACUGAGCAAGUUGCUUAUAUUGCAAGUCCAGCAGUCGGAACAAGAUGAUGAAAGUUCUCCCAUGGAAAGUUACAACAAAGUUUUUAAUAAAAAAUUGAGAUUUAAGUUUACAAAUUAGAGGUCUGUGGUUCUGCUGUUGUGAACAAU